UGGGCUUGUCGUUGGUCCUAGUGUUUCAGUAAUAUUUUCUAACCUUCCAAUUGAGCAGUAUCGAUCGAUUGCUUGGUUCAAUGUAGCUUUUGGAGUUAUAUUGUUGAUCUUGUUCUGUUUUCUCUUCCGUGGAGAGAGUAAAUGGAACAGAACUAAUUGUCAUGAGCUUUGUGUCCGCUCAAAAAACAACUCAAGUUCGGCCAAGCCUGGACCACUGCAAAUAUUCAUUAUUGUGAGUAUGCACUUGCUAUCGUUCGUACAAAUGCUGAAGUGGGCAUAUUUUGAAGCCCUAAUGAAUCCAAUUCUAAGUGAUUCCUUUGGGUUCUCUCUAAACACAUCUUCCUACGUCUUCUUGGGGGUGGCUAUCUCAAGCAUUCUAGGCUCCAUCUUACUGGUCUUGUUACAAAGAAUCAAAAUCAGUACACAGAUGGGAGCUUUCAUUGGUAUUUCAAUGACAAUUGCAGGAUACUUCUUGGUAACAGAUUGGCAGGCUAUACCUUAUGAUCCAUGCACUGAGUACAGUCCGUUCCAUCAUCCAGAUCGCUUUCAAAACAACCACUCAAGUCUAGGAAUGUUAACACCUUUGGAUAAUACUCCCCAAAGUUGGCCUGCUCUCUUAAAUAAUCGUGCACACAUGGAUAUUGAGUUGGAUUUUAGCGAUCGAACGUACACAGAAAUUGCUUACCACUUUAAUUUCAGCUGCUACGUUGAUGAAUUUUGCCCAUUUUGCACCGAGAAAUCUACCAGCAAGCACCGGUGUUUGUCGUUUGUAGUUAAAGGUGAAAACGAAUCCUCAGAACAGGUGCUCGAUGUGUUUUCCUGUUCUUUAGCUCCUCCUUUACAAAAUAUUUGCCUCAGUAUUUCUCAUCAUCAAUCAACUGAUUCUGAGGAAGUUGAAAAUUUAAAUGGAAAUCGUUUUGUAGCCGGUGUUCAAAGCUUAUUGGUACUCCCUCAAGAUGUGUACUCCACUGCAAGCAAUGCCUGUAUAAAUGCCAAUGUAUCAAUUAGUGGAGAGUGUCAUUGGAUACCGUUGUCAAGUGGUGAGGAAUGUGUGGAUUGUCCUCCUAUCUGCAGAGGAAAGCAACGGACACUACUGCUACCAUUGUAUCUGAUAGGAAUGGUGCUGUUGAUAGGAAGCUACCCUCUUGUCUGGGUGAAUUUGGUGGCCAUAGCUAACAAUCAGACUCCUGAAAGUGUUCAAGGCAUUGUGAUAGGAAGUAUCAAUGUAGCAAAUGGACUUGCUGAGAGUAUCAGUCCUGUGGUUGUCGAUUUACUGUAUGAAAAGACAAAGAAAAGAACUUUCGUGCCGUCUAUUCUGUUUGCUCUGUUGCAUAUACCAUUUCUCAUAGAAAUUAUCAUAUUGUACAAACCCUUAGGACCUUCAUAUAAGCUCACUGAAUAUAGUAGAUCCACUCUGCCCAAAGAACAAUCGUCUGGGAGAGAGUGUGAUUCUCCUUGAUUUACUAUAAUUCUCCAACAUUGAAAUGGUAGAAUAUUUAUGAUUUUGUA